GAGCGGUUCCUCUGUCUCUCGCAUCCUCCAAUAACAACCUCGCUUGUCUGCAUGUAGGGGCUGCUGGAAUAGGCAACUCCUUCACAGACAGCCGAAAACAUGUCGUCGAUCGACCACGACAAGACCGUCGAAGACGGCAACGUCAAGGGGGGGCUCAGCGUCGCUGAGCAGACGGCCAAGCCCGUGUCCAAGCUCACGCGGUGGUUCCGCAGCCCGCUCUUCAACGUCAUCAUCGUCGGUCUCAUUUCCUUCACCCAACCGGGCAUCUGGAAUGCGUUGAACAACACGGGGGCCGGCGGCCAGCAGGAGCCGUACCUCGUAAAUGGCUCCAACUCACUGACCUUUGGUAUCAUGGCGUUUGGUUGCUCGCUCUUCGGCAUCCUGGCCAACAGGAUCGGGCUCAAGUGGGUGCUGAUCAUUGGCACGCUCGGCUAUGCGCCAUACUCGGCCUCUCUGUACGUCAACAACCGAUACGGCGUCGAGUGGUUCGUGCUGUUCGGCGGCGCGACCUGCGGCAUCGCGGCCUCUGCGCUGUGGGCGUCCGAGGGCGCCAUCGCUCUUGGGUACGGCGACGUCAAGGACCGCGGCAAGUUCACUGGAAUCUGGCUCGGACUCCGCGAGCUCGGGCAACUUAUUGGGUCCUCGAUCCAGCUGUCGCUCAACGCCAGCAGCCAGAACCGCGGCAAGGUCGGAUACAGCACGUACCUGGUCCUGAUCGCGCUGCAGUGCCUCGGGCUGCCCCUGGCGCUGCUCGUGUCGCCGCCGCACAAGGUGAUCAAGAAUGACGGCAGCAGGCUGGAGCCCGCUCCCAAGAACAAGAGCAUCAAGCAGGAAUUCCGCAACAUCUGGGCCCUGUUCAAGCGCAGGGAGAUGUUCCUGAUGGUGCCCAUCUUGAUCGGAUUCGCAUGGAACGGGACAUAUCUGGGCAUCUACCUGACCAAAUACUUUUCGGUCCGAGCCCGCACGCUCGGCUCCUUGACAUCGGCCAUCGCUGCAACCUUUGCCAACAUCUUCUGGGGCUGGUUCUACGACCUGACUGUCUUCAAGCGCCCUAGGCUGGCCAAGAUCUGCUGGGUCUUCUUCGUCGUCGCCAUGUUGUCCGCGUUCGGCUGGCAAGUCGCAAACGAGAAACUUUACCGAGACUCCAACCCCCGCGUCACCCUGGACUGGGACAAUCCGGGAUUCGGGCGAGGCUUUGCUUCGAUGGUGAUCCUAAGGUACGCAUCGGCUUUACCGGGAGUGUCUAACGUAGCCAGUGGAAGAGGCCUCGCUGACAAGCACGAAAGGUUCAUGAACGAGUCGCAUUACAUGUUUGUUUACUGGUUGGUGGGGACAUUCUUCGAUGAUCUCGAGACUUUGACGCUUGCAGUGGGCCUCGUCCGAUCGUUCGAGUCCAUCGGCUCCUGUAUCUCGUUCGGAAUUGGUGCCGCGUCGGUCUCUCCCAUGGUCAACCUGAUAAUCGCCUUUGUCAUGUUCGCCAUCACGAUUCCGGCAACCUCGUUUGUCGUCUUCAUGGUGCCGGAGCGGCCUGCUCAUCUGAGGAAAGUUGAGGAUCCAGCGCUCUCCGAGGAGGAAAUUGACCCAGUGGUGCUCAGCAAGGCAGCCGAGGCGGUGGAUGCGCCUCAUGCAUAAACGCCUGGCAAAACAGUUGCACAUAGGUAGUUUGGCAGAAUGAGAGACCGGAUGUAAUUCAAAAUGUUU